UUCAAGGCUAGUCGUGGACGACGGGCCCCUUUGCCCAAAAAGUUGCUGAAUCACCGUCCCGCUACAACGUCAGUUAUCCAGCAUUCGUUGCAGCGACCGCGUGAUUCCGUCCGCUUUUGUUAUAUGCGUCCUGCAUUCGUGAAUUUCACGAGAGGCUUCUCGACGAGUGGAGCCAAUCUGAACAAGGUGAAGGGCAGGAUCAAUGCCAAGAAGCCAAUCCGGUUGGAGGUCGUCGAGGGCAAGAGGUACCUCUGGUGCGCUUGUGGAUACAGCAAGAACCAGCCAUGGUGCGACGGGACCCACCUGUGGCGGAGAUGGAGCCUGAAGAUCAAACAGACACCAGUCAUGUUCAAAGCCCCAAAAACUGGCCAGGUUUCCCUCUGCACUUGUAAACAGACUGACAAGGCGCCCUACUGUGACGGGGCACACCGGCGGAAGGAGAUACAGGAAGCUGUCAUUGAGUGAACAGGUUAAAGAGUAAGAUGGUAGUAAUUGUGAGUCACUGGGGGUGACAGGGUGUCUAAACUCAGAGCCGGUGGAGUCAGGGCGCGUCCUAACUUCAGUGAAAUGUCUCAUUAACAUGUUGGUAACUGGUUGCAUACUUGUCACAAACAUAUUGAAAACAAGUUGACGAUUGGAGCUUGUCUAUCAUGCUGUAAUUAGUCAUAUACUUGUCACAAACAUGUUGGAAACAAGUGGACAACUGGAGCUUGUCAUAUACUCAUGUUGUAAUUAGUCAUAUACUUAUCACAAACAUGUUGGAAACAAGUUGACAAUUGGAGCUUGUCAUAUACUCAUGUUGUAAUUAGUCAUACUUAUCACAAACAUGUUGGAAACAAGUUGACAAUUGGAGCUUGUCAUAUACUCGUCUUGUAAUUAGUCAUAUGCUUGUCACAAACAUGUUGAAAACAAGUUGACGAUUGGAGCUUGUCAUAUACUCAUGUUGUAAUAAAUCAUAUGCUUGUCACAAACAUGUUGAAAACCAGUUGACAAUUGGAGCUCAUGUUGGUAAAUAGUCAUAUACUUGUCAAAAUCAUGUUGAAAACAAACUGACAACUGAAACAGCUCAUAAACACAUGUUGGCAGCUAGUCACAAACAUGUUGAAAACUAGCGGACAUCCAGAACAUGCCUCAAACAUAUGUUGGCAAUUUGUUGCAUACAUGUUACAAACAGGUUGAAAACAAGUUAACUACCGGAAGGGGAGUAAGAUUAUAUUGGCAAAAGCUGGAUAAUCGCAUGAAGCACUAGUUAUUACUAACAAUAAGUAGUGGACUUGUAUCCAACUUGUUUGUGAUGUGUGUGUAAUAAGUUGCUUACUUGUGCUACUUGUGUCUAUGACAAGUUUACCUGUAGUGUCGACGCGCCCUUAAUGACUAGUAUUGCACUGGUUAACCUCUUCAGAGCCAUAUCAUGUAGCUGUUAGAAAUUCGUUUGGCCUUAUGCCAGCAGUGUGACUCUUGCCCUUGGGGCACCUUGUAAAAUAUAUAAUGUAUAGAUAAUAAUGAAGCAAUCACAUAUUGGCUGUGAAUGUAUGAUAAUGUUUGGGUAUUUAUUUCAAUAAGUCAUUGCAUUUGCUAUUUAUUCUGUAGAAAGCUUGUGCCUUAGUAGACAAUUUAGCAGGGAUUGUAUGUUACUGUAGUCCUCACUGUAGUGUAAUGUUACUGUAUUCCUCACUGUACCGUAGUGCUACAGCAGUCCUCACAGCACUGUGAUUCUACUGUAUGCCUCACUGCAUUGCUGUUGUUUCUAGAACAACAACAUUUAAUGAAAAGGGACAAUGCAACAAACUUUGUUAAUAGAUCUUAGAUCAAGGUUGUGAAUGUGUGACCAAAUAAAUGUAUUAAGAUCU